AUGAAUGGAAGUCCAAUUCUGAAGCGGCCUAAGCCAACUGACAGCGAAGAGGAAUUAUUCCGCAUGCAAGAAGAAUUUUUGAAAAAUAAACAACAACCAUCUGCAAAAGUAAUUAACUUACGUAGUUCAAGUAAACCUAUUAGCGAUGCUGCUUCUACUGAACCACUCAAGAAAGAAUCGAGUACUCGCAAAGUAAGGUCAAGAUUUUCUGAGCUAAAGAAACUUAAAAGUCAUGACAGGGUUUCUACUUCACAAACUGGUGGUGACGUUAUAAAUCCUGUAGUUAAAGAAAGAAUUCAGAGCAAUUUAAGUGUAGGACCACAAGAGGCUGUUCAAAAUGUACCAAUAGCACCAUCUAAUAUAAUAUUAGGUAAUAUCAUUGAAAAAAAAUUUGAUUCGUGCAAGGGUAAUUUUAAUGGAAGCAAGUCUUUAUGUGGCUCAGACAGAGGUUUCCCACAAGUUUUUGUUUCUACAUGUAUGAAAAGUGAUGGUAAUCAGAGUUUAUUUUCGCAACAAGUUUCCCCACAAGAUCAAUCAGCCAUUAAAGUAGAAGACUCUUAUGGUAGCAAAUCUUUAUCGGCUAAUGAAAGCAGUUUUAUAGUAGAAGGAUCAUGGGCAACUGAAAUACAUAAGGAAAAUGUAGAGCGAUUAAGUCAAAUGACUCAAGAAGAUAUAUUGACAGAAAAAAGUAAACUUGAGACGAUUCUCAAACCAGAGUUAAUUCAAUUUUUAAAAAAUAAGAGAAAUAAACAGCAGAAAAGAAAGAAGAAUCAAGAAGAAAUUGAGGAAUCUAAUGAUCCUCAUAGAAAACAAAACGUAACUUACAUGGAUGAAGAAAAAUUGAUUACAAAAGACAUUUCCAUUAAAGACAAUGAAGGUGCUUCUAAAGAUAAUGAUGUGACACAGAUGGAAGUUGACAAACCCGAAGAGAUAUCUAAUGAGAAUAGUCAAGGUUCGUCUAAAAAUAAUGCUGCCACACCAAUGCAAAUAGAUGAACCUGAGAGUAUACCAAAACCUCUUAAAGAGUUAAUGGAACGAGCUAAAGAGAAGGGUUGGGUACAUAUGGACUCCCUCGAACUUGAAAAAUUAAAAUGGAUGGAAGACGUACCAGCACAAGAACAACAAGAACCUACUCCAGAUGAACCAUAUAAUGCCCGCUUUAAUUUCAACGGUUUAUUGUUGCCAUAUAAGGAUGAAAGUGUACCGGUUGAUCAAGGUCUCCAUCAUCAUGGUGAAGAACCUGAACGUCCUGGCUAUUCCUUACAAGAAUUGCUACAAUUAAGCAGAUCGGCGACGCAACAGCAACGGUGUAUUGCUCUCACGACAUUAGCGAAUAUUAUGGAAAAAAGUCGUAAUGGCUGGUACGACAAAGCAUUACAACCAGCACCUUUGACAGCGCUAAGUCAAAAGAAUCUCGUAUUACUACUGAGAUUUUCCUUGGACGACACGUCGAUCGCUGUGGUUACAGCAACUUUGCAAACACUUAGAGCAUUGUUAUUCAGUGAAGCAGACGAAGUUUGUUUGGAUAGACUGUAUGGUUUCGAAAAUUACAAUGAACCUGUUUUAAAGACACCGAAAACGGAUGUUCCUGAUACAAGCAGCUUGAAAGACCAUGAGUUGGCACAGUUUGAUACAAUAGCUGCUUUGUUAAGAACUGAUAUACUUUUAAGAAUUAGGUAUAUUUUAAGUGAAAUGCGGCCAUCGCCUGUUGGUGUAACAUGCGCAUUAGAAAUAUUAGCCAGACUUGUAAGGCAUUCACCUAUAACUGCAUUGAAUGUUGCAAACACUCCGACUUUAUUAGAGAUAAUAAUUAAAUUUUUUGUGCCACUAUCUGCAGAUCCUUUAGCAACGGUCGAUACUAUAAAUAAUGUAUAUGGAGUUCCUGUUACCGCUGCUGUUAGAUUUUGUCGCGUUUUACUCUGCUAUGGAGAAAAACCCAUUGCUCAAAAGUUAAACAGACUUAAAAUAGUAGAACGCAUUAUAUCAUAUCUCAAUUACACUACAGGACAAGGAAGCAUUAAUCUCGGCAUUGAGAGUCUACGAUUAUGGAAACUAUUACUACUACAAGGAGAGGCAAUGGACAGCUUGACUGGAGCACAGUUAAUUCUUGUGACUCAGUUGCAACUUUUGUUAAGCAAUCAUGAUAUUCGUAAUGCAUCCGAGCUAUCUUGUGAAUAUGCAGCAGCUUUAAUAGCUGUUGCUAGUUGCUUGACACCUUUAAAAGCAAAUAUAUCAGUUUUAUUAGCAAAAUGGAAUAUGCAAUUACAAUCCUUAACAAACGUUACAUGGGGUAAUACAAAACUUAUCGCGGAAACAUUACUGGCAGUUAGUGAUACGUCUGCAGUUAAAAUGUUGUGUAUAUCCCGAUCACAGGUGUUCUCUAAACUAGGUUCUACUUCAAAUUUGUUGAGUGAUUACAGUCCAGCUACAGAACGUGAGCCUUCUUGUCUUCCUCACCUUGGUGUAUUAACUCAAUAUGGACAAUUGCAGCCUACAGUGUCUCAGUCCUCGUGCGUAUCUUUUCUUGCAACUGUUUUAAAGGUCUUUGUUAAUCAUUCUUUCGUAGAAGAAAUUCAGGCAGUGCUCAAUCUUCCACAAGUUCGUAAAUAUUUAAAAAAAUUAGAAACAAGUGACUGGUGUUUAGAAAGAUCAUGGUACACGAGAUCCGAAUUAUCGUUCUUGACUGCAAUAGUCAAUGCAGCCUCCAUUACUAGAAACAGACUGGACAAUGAAAUAAUGCAUAUUAUUUGGAAAAUUGCUGUUAAACUAGUAUCAGCCUUACCAGCUGAUCUCCCAUCUGAUGUAAAGAAUAUGUUAAGAAGUGCUUUAUCGGAGGACAAAUUAAGGUUAGGGGUAAUAGCGAAUGAAUUGGACAAAUUAAACUUGAAUUCAAACGUAGAAGAUAUUAAAUUAAAUCUAACUCGCAACGUAGCAGCUACAUAUGAGCAGUAUGUACCAUUGAAUGGAGAAUGGAGUCAAGCUGCAAUGCCUAAAGAUUGGCUCUAUUUACCAACAGUACACAUUUAUACAAAGUGUAGAAAUAUUAGUAAAUAUAACGAUGAGAACAAAUUUACUAUCCUAACUGUACUGAGUUUAGAGUUGAUAUUACCCGACUUAGUUGAGAAACUGUCACAAAGCUUGAGGUUUAGCAGAUUGGUUUUAGUAUAUCUAUGUGAUACAGUGUAUUUAAAUAACGACGUUUCUGCUUUGCUUACCAGAGCCAUUUCAAAUUUAUUAAAAAGUCAUUAUAAGAAACUUGAUUUUACAGUAGAGUUGCCAGGAUUGAAUUCGUUUACUGAUCUAUUUACCGCUAUGUGCGAACACUUUUGUUCGACUUCUUACGGUGACUAUGGUUACUCAAUGACUUUAUUGGUCCCAAUUGCGCAAAGACACGAUGUUCAUUAUAGAAAAUUAUUAUGGUCGGAGCACGCAGGUGCACUUCGGUACAUUAAAUUACCCAUAGAACAAUUAAUUAUUCCGCUAAAAGAAUAUUUGCAUCCUCUUGAGGAAGAUACAUCCCUAAUAGAAAGUUACAUAACGGCUCUUGUCAGAGGAAUUGUCAACCGAAAUUGGUGCCCAAUUCCUUAUGCAAUUGCUAUGCAUCAUUCUGCGAUGUAUUUGAAACAGACAAAUAAAUUAGCAGUAAGAAUGAGAACACAGCUAACAAAAAUACCUAAUAAAGCUUUGGCUGCUCUUCUAUUAAAUUAUGAAUCACCUGCAUUAUAA